CCGCUUCGCUCUUUACGUCGUGGUUUCAGUUCAGUUCCCCGCUGAUAGCAUCGCUAGUGAGGAGUCUAACCGCCUCGAACUUUACUGGCAGCCCACAUUUUGGGUUUCGCCCUCUUUGAGGGGCGGUAGCCUGGAGAUUGUCUUCCCCUCUGUCGACACCGCAGCCUUUUCUUCUGGUACACAUCCUGUACCCGUGCCCGCUGGCUGGACCACAGACUCGUUUGAAGCUUACACUAUAUACUUAUACAGUAUAUAUACAGUAUUUAUAUACAAAUAUAUACCAGCCCAUUCGGGACGUAACGCGGCUACUAACAAGAUGGCUUCGGAAAACUUGGAAAUGAACGGUGAUGGUGACCGAAACGGCGGAGUGGAGGUCUCGCUGCAUGGCCACCGGAGACGGCAGCAGGGGCCUCUGAACAUGAACCACUAUGCCAACAAGAAGAGCGCGGCAGAGAGCAUGCUGGAUGUGGCUCUCCUCAUGGCCAACGCCUCACAGCUGAAGGCUGUGAUGGAGCAAGGACCCGGCUUCACCUUCUACGUGCCCCUCAUUACUCUCAUUAGCCUCUCCCUCAUCCUACAGAUCCUAGUGGGAGUCAUGCUCAUCUUCAUCAUGAAGUGGAACCUGAAUGAUGAAAGCAUGCACUACAAGCUGAACCUCAUGGAGAAUAUCUCCACGGCCUUCGUCUUCAUCAUAGUCGUGGUCAAUGUCUUCAUCACAGCCUUUGGAGUCCAGCGACCCAACCCAAGUUCUUGAUCACCGCCUGCUGAUCGACUUCGUGAAGAUGGACGUUCACAUUAUUUAUGCACAUCAUGAAUAUUUAUUCACCAACUAAAUGGCAUUGCAGGUGCACUUGUCUUCAUGUCAUUCAACCUGCAGGCGUUAUGAGGCCCGACGUACCCUGAAGAUCAGAUGACACGUGUGUGUUUCAGAGUUCAUUUCUUCUGUAACCAUGGCUGAAGACUGUAGACAAACAUGGUCAAAACAUAAUCAUCACAGCAUAAUCCAAAGGACUGUCUUCUUAUUAUGAGCACCAGUUCAAUGGCCUCAGAAAAAGGCUUUUAUGUGGUGCAAAUUAUUAAAUUGUUUACACUGUUAAAAACCUCAACCAGUUAAUGAAGUGGACCUUACAUGCUUUUUUUAUUUUUAAAAAUAAUAUGCAAAGUAGAGUGUGUAAUGUUUAAAGUGAAUUACUUGUAUAAAUUCGCUUACGUCUUCAUUUGUUUGUGCAUGUAUGUAUGUCACUUUUUUAAAGACCAAAUAUUUUCAAAUCUUUUCUAUGAUUUUGUGCAAAACACUGGGAAGAAUUUUUUAUGACAUUUAUAAAGAAAUCUACAAAACUGAUAA